CAUCAUCAAUCAGACGUUUUUAUCAGCAAUUUAAAUAUCUGGAAAGCAAAAAUAAAUCUUUACUUUACUCUUCACUAUCAAUCUCUAAUCUUCAAUCUCUAAUCCUCACUUCAAUCUUAACUGCACUUUGAAAUAUCUCUUUUUUUUUGUUUCUUGAUUAUAAUUACUGUUUAUUUCAUCUGUUUAUCUAAUUUAUUUGAAAAAUGGCCGAAUUAAAAGAUAGCCAUAUAGUAGAAAUCCCAGUAGAUGAAGAGCAUCAACAGAAGCAGCAGCUUUGUAUGAUAACAGCAGCAAUUCAAAACCACCCAUUAACUGAAAUCUCAACCAGUCCAGGCCAUUAUCUUCUUCUCAAGCUCUGGCAGAGAGAAGAAGAUCUUUUCAACAGAAGAAUUUCUUCUAAAGAAUCAAGAAUGGAUUCUAUUAAACGCGAACUCUUUCAACUUUGUUGCUUCUUAUUUAUUUUCCACGGCUUGUUUUUAACCAUCUUAUUUACUUCUUCUGAUGCUGCAGCUAAUACUAAUACUUGCAAAAAAUGGUGGAUACCAUCUCUUGUUUCUAUUUCUACUUCACUUGUCUUUAUUUUUCUGGUUCAGCUUAAGCUUUUCAGGUACUGGAAAGUUUCGAAGCAACUGCAGAGGGAAAGAAACGAUAACAGAGCGUUGAUUCGGUGUAUUCAAGAAUUAAGAAUGAAGGGCUCAACCUUUGAUCUGUCUAAAGAACCCCAAUGUGCAAAAAGAAUGAAGAGUUCAAGUGUGGAGAUUAAAUGGAAACCAAUUACUUGGUUUUCGCAAUAUUUAGUUACUUUUUCUCUUGUUUGCUUCUCGGGAUUGAUUUUUCCUGCUUCAAAAUUCAUGCUCUGUGGCUAAUCUGCAAUAUGUACUGGGUUUGGUUUUGCCUAUUCAAAAGUAAUGCCAAGUUGCAUGACAUCUUUGAAUAAGUUAUAAUUACGAAGGGUCGGAAUGGAGGAAAUAUGGAAUCGUAGGACUCGGGGAGUUUCCCGUUGUGUGUAUCUGUUAGCUGCAUUGAUCAUUUUGAUUAAGAAUACUAUGGCAUCAAAUACUCUAAGAUAUUUUGUGCUGAUAAUGGACAAUAUUUGAUCACUACAAGGGGAUGAAUCAUUUCGGUCCGACUUGGAGGCCAACUCUUUGAGGAUGAAGCAAUGCGUUCUAUACUUUAUAUGAAUUUAUAUGCUUGACAAGAAGAGUAAUAUUGAGCUGAAGCAGCAGAACUCAGUCCGAACUCAGUAGUAGAACUCAGUCACCACUCAGCAUACUAUGAAGCAAAAUUAUGUAUUGGUUUUGAAUUAGCUACACAGCUUGUGCGCUAAUUAAAUUGAUUGAUUAUAAGACGAUGAAUACUUAAAUUGAUUGAUUAUAGGACUAUGGAUUCUUUAAUUAAUAACAUAUUUCUUUCGGAUUUA